AUGUUGGAGGCGGCUGAAAAAUUUGAGAAAGUUUUCAGGUGGAUGAAGAGUGAGGACCACAAUUUUCUCUCUUACUUUAAGGAUGGAAACAUUGGGCCUCCUAGAGCUGAGGUGUGGGAGACAGUGUCGGUAUUUGUAAAAUUUUUGAAGAUGUUUUAUGAUGCCACUUGUAGAUUUUAUGGGUCUUUGUAUGUCAUGACAAAUAUCAAUUUUUUGGAGAUUUGUAUGCUUCAAAAAGAGUUGGUUAGGCUGAAUGAAAGUGAUAAUUAUUGUUUGAUGAAUAUGGCCGUGAGCAUGAGAAUUAAAUAUGAUAAGUAUUGGGGUUCAUUGGAUAUGAUAAACUGGAUGUUGUCGAUUAUAGUUGUGCUUGAUCCACGUAGUAAGUUAGGGCUUCUUACUUUCUACUUGAAAAAAAUUCAUGAUGAGUGUCGGACUGAAGAGUUGGUGUCGAAUGUGAGACAGUUAUUAUCAGAUUUGUAUGCGGAGUAUAAUGAUGCGUUCGGUUCUAGCUCAGUUAACUUGACUGAACAUGUUCCCCCUCUGCCAUCUACAUCUACAAAAGUUGGUGAAGACAAUCAUGAGUCAUAA